AUGAUUAGGAAACCAGCCGCUUCCCGUAGUAGGAAUAUGACUUACCCUUUUGAUUGUGUGCAGAUGGCUAAUCGCGGGACAGGUGAUGAUGGACGAGGUCGGAUAUGGGGAGAGGGUAUGGAUUGGACAUGCGGAGAAUUGGGUUACAGAUCAGAUCAGGAGGAUGGAAAUGGCAUCAGUGAGAUGUUUGGACACGAUAGGACCCCUCUGCAGAGAACAAGAUCUUUUCCUGUGUACGGUAACAGGACUAGAGUGAGGAAAGACAGUUUGGCGAGCAUUGGCCCAAGUCAUAAUUGGGACCGGAGACAUCAACAUGAUCAAUCCGUUCAAUCACACCCAAGGCCAGAUCAGAGUGAUCAGCUGGGACAUAUUUCGAGGUUUUGUCCCAAAAAUCAGCGGAAUAACCCAUGGAGUAACCAGCAGGGUUAUUCAUCGCUGAGGAUGGAAGAUGUUACUUGUUUCUUUUGUGGAAGGAAGGGCCAUUAUGCAUCGUCAUGUCCAAACAAGCCAAUCCCUGCGACCCCUCUCGCGAUCCGAGCUCCUCCUAGCCGUCCAGCUAUUGAGCCAGCACCAAAGAAGCAAAACCUAGGAGGUAGAGUUUAUGCCUUAGGUGUAGAAAACCCAGACAAUGCAGGACCGUCAAGCGGUCCCAUCACAGGAACCAUACAUGUUGCUGGUAAACCCACACAUGUAUUGUUCGACUCGGGGGCAACACAUAGUUUUGUGACCCCUGAAGUAGCUGCCCGGUUUUGGGAUUGUUUUGUGGUUGACAGGAUAAACGUGGCCGUCUUGACCCCCGCAGACCGAACCCUUCAAGCAGAUCAGUGUAUCAAGAAUGUUCCAUUGGUCAUUCAAGGCAAAGAGUUUGUGGCAGAUUUGUUAGUCGUGCCUUUGAAAGGGUACGAAGUAAUCCUUGGAAUGGAUUGGUUAUCGGGCUACAGAGUUCAGAUCGACUGUGGAAAGGGAAGGUUGUUGUUUGGCAGAGGCAAACGACCAGAGAUGGUGUACUAUGGAAUCAGUCCUAGUAUGACCGUGUCUUUGGUAGCAGCAAUGAGAGUACAAGAUUUGUUUCAAGAUGGGGAAGUAUAUUUGGUGACCUUAUCGGUUAGUGGAGGAGCCACUAAUGAUGAAGUUAAGGUCGAAGACAUAGAAGUGGUCCAAGAGUUCGAGGAUAUCUUUGCACCACUAAAGGAAUUACCUCCACCUCGGAGUAGUCCCUUUACGAUCAAUUUGGAGCCUGAAGCAAAACCUAUAGCUAAGGCACCAUAUCGGAUGGCACCUGCGGAGUUGGCUGAAUUAAAGAAGCAAUUGGAAGAUCUAUUGGAAAAGGGAUUCAUUCGAUCAAGCUCUUCACCUUGGGGAGCUCCUGUGCUAUUUGUGAAGGAAAAGGACGGAAGCAUGAGGUUGUGUAUCGAUUAUCGUGGUAUCAACAACAUCACGAUAAAAGAUAAGUAUCCUCUUCCGAGGAUAGACGAGUUGUUAGACCAACUAAAGGGAGCUAGUUGGUUUUCGAAGAUUGAUUUGGCAUCAGGGUAUCACCAAAUUCCUAUUGCCAAGUCAGACAUCAUGAAGAUGGCGUUUCGGACGAGGAAUGGGCAGUACGAGAUUGUAGUUAUGCCCUUUGGUCUAACGAACGCACCUGCGGUUUUCAUGCGUUUGAUGAAUGAAGUGUUUCACGACUACCUCGACAAGUUCGUGAUCAUUUUCAUUGAUGACAUCCUGGUGUUCAUUGGUCCGUACAAGAUCAUCGGGAAAGUUGGUGAGGUAGCUUACCGUUUGGAUCUGCCAGAGGAUAUGCGUCUACAUCCUGUAUUUCAAGUUUCCAUGCUUCGGAAACAUAUACGGGAUCCAAGUAUUGUUGAACCCGAGAGACAAGAGGAGUUGAGGACAAACCUUACGUAUCCGGAAGGACCGAUCAGAUUGGGAGAACGGCGUAUUCGGAAGCUGAAGAAUCGUGAGAUUGCUCAAGUACAAGUGUUCUGGGGAAGACAAAACAGGAUUCACGUUACUUGGGAAGAUGAAGAGCGAUUUAAAACUGAUCACCCUGAGUUCUUCCGAGAGGAUGCUGUGAUGGAAGAAGGAGGCCCCUCAGAACCUUAG